AUGAUCUUCCUAGACAAGUUCCUGCAGGGUCUCAAGCCGCAGUUUGACGAUGACGCUAUAGAUCGGUUGAAUUACUACUACACUCCCUUGUUAUUCGUAAUAUUCGCCCUCACUUUGAGCGCUAAGCAGUAAGUAUUACGCAAUCUUGCAUUUUAUUGCCGGAAUAGGUCAAAAUUGGUUCAAAUUUAACGCGAUUUCCUAAAAAAAUCACUUUGGAAGGCCGUCGAAAAUCUAAUUGGCUCGCUUGCUUAUAAAGUAAACAAAAGAAAUGGGCUCUGCAUACUGUAAUUUUGUGUUUUUAGAUAUGUGGGCCAACCAAUCCAAUGCUGGAUUCCCGCUCAAUUCACCGGUAAGUAUUCAGUUUUUUUAAUUACUCUUUAGGUGCAUGGGAACAAUACAGUGAGAACUACUGCUUUGUGCAGAACACCUACUUUCUACCAUUGAAUUACUACAUCCCCAACAGUGUAUAUGAGAGGGAGAAUGCGGAGAUAGGAUAUUACCAAUGGGUACCCUUCGUUUUGGGGCUGCAAGCCAUCUUAUUCUACCUGCCCGCGCUCGUCUGGAGAAUCUUUAAUUGGCAAUCCGGGAUCUCAGUAAAAGGAAUUAUACAAAUGUGUGACGACGUUGGAAAUAUGCAGGUAGACAAGAGAAAGGCGUCAGUAGAAGUUGUGGCUGCUCAUUUGGUUGAUUCACUCAAAAUGCAACAAAACUUGACUGGGAAAAGUAGGUAAAGAAUUGAGUACAGCUCGUCAUCGAAUAUUUAGAUGUAUUCUCAUUCCUAUUGAACAAAAGUACAUACCUCACAACUCUGUACCUUUUUGUGAAAACCUUGUACUUGAUACAGGUGUUCUCUCAGUUCUUGAUUCUCAAUCGCUUCCUGGGUACUGACUACACUUUCUAUGGAUUCGAGAUCUUAAGGGAUCUGGCAUAUGGUGUUGAAUGGCAAGAGUCUGGACAUUUCCCCAGGUGGGUAUACUAAUCGAAAUACUAAAGCCUUUCUAGAGUAACAAUGUGUGAUUUCGAAGUGAGGGCCCUUGGAAAUGUGCAUCGUCAUACAGUGCAAUGCGUUUUAAUGAUCAACAUGUUCAACGAAAAAGUUUAUAUCUUUAUCUGGUGGUGGCUGUUGAUUGUGUUGUUUGCCACAAUCGGAAACCUGGUCUACUGGCUGGCGGUCUCAUUCUCCGGCUCGCAGAAAGAGACAUUCGUCACCCAAUACCUUCGAGUUUUCAAUCUUUUAAAGAAUGAAGGUAAGAGUAACGUAGAGAAUAUCUCAUAAGACUUUAUAAAUGGCUCAAGAAUAUUAUUUUAGACAAGAAAGUGGCCAAGAAAUUUGUCCACAGUUAUCUGAAAAACGAUGGAGUCUUCCUAUUAAGACUUAUAGCGACAAAUGCGGGAGAUCUGAUCACUACAGACAUUGUUUACAAUCUGUGGUUCAUGUUCUUGCAAGAGGAAGCUUCCCGAGCUCCAACCCUGCCUCGAUCACCUAGUGCCCCCACGAAUGACAAUGGAUUAGACGACGUUGAUGGAAGUCUCGAUGGCGAGAAGAAGAGACUGACGUAA